GCGCGGGUCCCCCACGCCCGCGGUCCCGAGCGCCGCCUCCCCAGCCCGCGCCGCCGCGAUGGCGGAGGACAGCGAGUCUGCGGCCAGCCAGCAGAGCCUGGAGCUGGACGACCAGGACACGUGCGGGAUAGACGGGGACAAUGAGGAGGAGACGGAGCACGCCAAAGGAAGUCCUGGAGGAGAUUUGGGUGCCAAAAAGAAAAAGAAGAAACAGAAGAGAAAGAAGGAGAAACCGAACUCCGGAGGCACCAAAUCAGACUCGGCCUCUGAUUCCCAGGAGAUUAAAAUCCAGCAGCCUUCCAAACACCCCACGAUCUGGCAGCAGAUUCCCACGGGAGCAGCCACAGUUUUCCCUGACUGCCUUGUGGGGUGAGAAGAAAAUGGGGUGUUGUCCCCUCGCUUUUCAGCUCGUCUCUCAGAAUCCCACCAUCCCGAUGCAGAAGUUGCAGGACAUCCAGAGAGCCAUGGAGCUGUUGUCCGCGUGCCAAGGCCCUGCCAGGAGCAUCGAUGAAGCUGCCAAACACAGAUACCAGUUUUGGGACACACAGCCGGUGCCCAAACUAAAUGAAGUCAUAACCUCUCACGGGGCGAUUGAAGCAGACAAAGACAACGUGCGUCAGGAGCCCUACUCUCUGCCGCAGGGUUUUAUGUGGGACACCCUGGACUUGGGUAACGCCGACGUGCUCAAGGAGCUGUACACACUGUUAAAUGAGAAUUACGUGGAAGAUGAGGAGAGCGUGUUCCGGUUUGACUACUCGCCCGAGUUCCUGCUGUGGGCCCUGCGUCCCCCGGGCUGGCUCCUGCAGUGGCACUGUGGGGUCCGAGUGUCUUCGAACAAAAAACUAGUAGGGUUCAUAAGUGCCAUUCCAGCAAACAUUCGGAUUUAUGACAGUGUGAAGAAGAUGGUAGAAAUCAACUUUCUUUGUGUUCAUAAGAAAUUGAGAUCAAAACGGGUAGCCCCAGUGUUAAUUCGAGAAAUAACCAGAAGAGUGAACCUGGAAGGGAUUUUUCAGGCCGUCUAUACAGCUGGAGUGGUUCUUCCUAAGCCGGUGGCCACCUGCAGAUACUGGCAUCGAUCGCUAAACCCCAGAAAACUGGUAGAAGUGAAGUUUUCUCACUUGAGUAGAAAUAUGACUUUACAGAGAACAAUGAAGCUCUACAGACUUCCAGAUGCUACCAAGACUUCAGGCCUGAGACCGAUGGAACCCAGAGAUAUCCGGGCCGUGCGAGACUUGACCAACACUUACCUGAAGCAGUUUCAUCUCGCCCCGGUGAUGGAUGAAGAGGAAGUGGCUCACUGGUUCCUCCCGCAGGAGCACAUUAUUGACACGUUUGUAGUGGAGAACUCCAGUGGUAAACUAACUGACUUCCUGAGCUUCUACACACUCCCCUCCACAGUCACGCACCACCCUGCGCACAAGAGCCUCAAGGCCGCCUACUCCUUCUACAACAUUCACACGGAGACGCCCCUGCUGGACCUCAUGAGCGAUGCACUCAUUAUAGCCAAAUUGAAAGGAUUUGAUGUAUUCAAUGCACUAGAUUUGAUGGAAAAUAAGACCUUCUUGGAAAAACUCAAAUUUGGCAUAGGAGAUGGCAAUUUGCAGUAUUACCUGUACAACUGGAGAUGUCCAGGAACAGAGUCUGAAAAGGUUGGACUAGUAUUACAAUAGCUGGAUAUUUCUAUUUCUAGAACUCUGACAUCAUCAUUUGUUAAUAUUCUAUUUAAUGAUUCCUGGAACUGCCAUUCCAAAGAAGAAUAAAAGCACAACUUAAAUGAAAUCGAUGUAGUCGGUAACAAUCAGAAAAGAUGAAAAAAA